AUGGCAGAUCUACGCAACCCAAUCCUUCCAGUCGCAGAUCCUGCCUAUAUUCCCAUUCCUGGUGAUGAUACCACCAAUUUGGGUCGUCGAUUCUCAACACGAAACUACUCCAACAAACUUUUGUCUUCCCUUUUCACUGGAUUGAUCCUGGUUGGUAUGAUGUUGGCCAUGGGAAAUAAAAAAUCAACUCACACUAGUAUCCCUGUCGAGGAAGACAAGAUCUUGACGCAACCCCCAAUUUCUCGAGGGAAGCCAUUGGGUGUGUCCGAGAAGUCUAACCAACAAUUGACGGCGAGAGAUUAUGAAUGGAAUGAUAUGAUGUUGUCAUGGCAGAGAACAGCCUUCCAUUUCCAGCCAAAAAAUAAUUGGAUGAAUGAUCCUAAUGGUCCCUUAUUUUACAAAGGAUGGUACCAUUUCUUCUAUCAGUACAACCCAAACGGUGCUGUUUGGGGUGACAUUGUCUGGGGCCAUGCUGUCUCCAAGGACUUGAUUCGUUGGACUCAUCUUCCAUUGUCAAUGAUUGCAGACCAAUGGUAUGAUGUGAACGGAGUCUGGACAGGAUCAGCUACAUUCCUUGUAGAUGGUAAGAUUGCAAUGCUCUACACCGGCUCUACAAACGAGUCUGUUCAGGUGCAAUGUUUGGCUUACCCCGCGAAUCAUGAUGACCCGUUGCUACUUGAUUGGGUUAAGUACUCCGGAAACCCGGUCCUAGUCCCACCCCCUGGAAUCGGGCCGAAGGAUUUUCGUGACCCAACAACGGCUUGGAUGACCUCGACAGGGAAGUGGAGGUUUAGCAUUGGAUCUAAAAUUCACAGGAAAGGGAUUGCUCUCAUUUAUGACACAGAGGAUUUUAUACAUUACGAACAGUUGAAUGUUACACUCCAUGGUGUUCAGGGAACUGGAAUGUGGGAAUGCGUGGAUUUUUACCCUGUUUCAACAACACAUUCUGAUGGGUUGGACACAUCUGCCAAUGGUCCAGACGUGAAGCACGUCCUGAAGGCAAGCCUCGAUGAUGAUCGUCAUGAUUAUUAUGCAUUGGGGAAUUACCAAGAGGAGACAGGGGAAUGGGUUCCCGAUAAUCCCGAGAUUGAUGUUGGGAUUGGAAUUAGGUAUGACUAUGGUGUGUUUUAUGCUGCCAAGACAUUUUAUGAUCCGAUCAAGAAAAGGAGGGUUCUAUGGGGAUGGGUUGGGGAAAUGGAUAGCGAAGCUGCAGAUGUAAAGAAGGGAUGGGCUUCACUCCAAGGGUUUCCAAGAACAGUUGCUAUGGAUAUCAAGACUGGGAUUAAUUUGAUCCAAUGGCCUGUGGAAGAGGUUGAAAGUUUGAGACUAAGGAAACAAGAAUUCAAUGAUGUGGAGCUCAAGCCUGGGAUGGUUGCUCCCCUUGACAUCCAGUUCGGAACUUCACAGUUAGACAUUGUUGCCGAAUUCGAGCUACAAAAAGAGGUGGUACUAAAUAGCACAACCUUCGAUGAAGAAUUUAGUUGUUCCGAGAGUAAAGGGGCUGCCCAUCGAGGCGCAUUAGGACCAUUUGGCAUUCUGGUAUUAUCGGAAGAGAGUUUGAUUGAGCAGACACCAGUUUAUUUUUAUAUUGUCAAAGCAAAGAAUGGAACUUUGAGUACUUUCUUCUGUGCUGAUCAGUCCAGGUCUUCUUUGGCCACUGACGUCAAUAAGCUAAUAUAUGGGAGUUAUGUACCAACACUGGAAGGUGAAAAGUAUUCAAUGAGGAUUUUGGUUGAUCAUUCGAUUGUCGAGAGUUUUGCUCAAGGUGGUAGGACUGUCAUCACAUCAAGGAUUUAUCCAACCAAAGCAAUCAAUGAGAAUGCCAAGUUGUUUUUGUUCAACAAUGCUACAGAGGCUGGUAUUAAGACUUCUCUUCAAGUUUGGCAAAUGAAUUCUGCUAAUGUGCCCGUAUCAAAAUCAACUAAAGGAGGUCCCAAAUUAGAUAUUGUCAUCUUCUUUAGCCUUUUAUACUUGGUGCUUAAUUUUGAUCAAUUUUGUGACAAGAGUCUUGGUUUUCAUUUCUGA